GCAGUUAUGUCUUUAGAGCUGACUGGAUUUAGCCCUGGUGGUGAAAGGCAAUAUAUCAUGCUAUUAAACCUUUAAACUUUCUGGUUGCUUGAGAAGGGAGGAAAUAGAAAUUCAGCAUUUUGUGUGUGUGUGUGUGUGUGUGUGUGUAUGUGCGUGCACGCAUGCGUGUGUGUGAGAGAGUGAAAGCUGUGCAGGCUAUUCAGCUGGGGCAGUCGGGGAAGUGACGUCCUGUAUUAUUUGUCGUUCUAGAAAGAGCGGAGAAGCGUACUGUAGAUGGGAGGACUUUAAAGAGGGCUGUGUCUUGUCCACAUCUCUACGUUGCUAAGACACUGGACACUGCUUUCUUUAAAGCAAGGGAGAUCUGAAUUCCUCCAACACUCAGGAUGGGGAAAGAUUAUUAUUCUAUCCUGGGAAUUGAAAAAGGGGCUUCUGAAGAGGAUAUCAAAAAGGCUUACAGAAAACAAGCACUUAAAUGGCAUCCAGAUAAGAACAAAUCUCCCCACGCAGAGGAAAAAUUCAAAGAGAUUGCAGAAGCUUAUGAAGUGCUGAGUGAUCCCAAAAAGAGAGACAUUUAUGAUCAGUUUGGGGAGGAAGGUCUGAAAGGAGGAGCUGGAGGACCUGAUGGACAGGGUGGUACCUUCCGGUACUCUUUCCAUGGCGACCCACAUGCUACAUUUGCAGCCUUUUUUGGUGGCACAAAUCCUUUUGAGAUCUUCUUUGGAAGGAGGAUGCCUGGUGGCAGAGACACUGAAGACAUGGAGGUGGAUGGUGAUCCAUUUGGAUCCUUCACUAGUUUUAGUAUGAAUGGUUUUCCAAGGGAAAGGAAUACAGUUGGUAGCCAGUUACGUCGUAAACAAGAUCCCCCUGUAAUCCAUGAACUUAAAGUGUCUUUGGAAGAGAUCUAUCAUGGCUGCACAAAAAGGAUGAGGAUUUCACGUAAAAGGCUUAACCCAGAUGGUAGAAGUGUCCGAACAGAGGACAAAAUUCUUACGAUUGAGAUAAAAAGAGGAUGGAAAGAAGGCACCAAAAUCACUUUUCCAAAAGAAGGUGAUGAAACACCCAACACCAUUCCAGCUGAUAUUGUUUUUAUCAUUAAAGAUAAACCUCACUCUCACUUCAAGAGAGAUGGAUCAAAUAUUAUCUAUCCUGUUAAGAUCAGUUUAAGGGAGGCUUUGUGUGGCAGCUCGAUCAAUGUGCCAACGAUAGAAGGAAGAACCAUACCCAUGACAGUAAAUGAAGUUGUAAAGCCUGGGAUGAGAAGAAGAAUUAUAGGAUAUGGUUUGCCAUUUCCCAAAAAUCCUGACCAACGUGGAGACUUAAUUAUAGAGUUUGAAGUAAUUUUCCCAGAUAACAUUUCUCCAGCAUCAAAAGAAGUACUUAGGCGAAAUCUUCCAGUUUCAUAAAAUGAAGACUGUGUAUGUCAACUGUUUAAAUAGGACACUGGAAAUGCAGAAGACUGGCAAGUCUGUGCUUUAAAAGUGCAAUCUGUAACAACUAGUGGAAUAUUUGUUGGGUUCUUUUUUUUGUUUGUUUUGUGGGAUGGGUGGGGGGGAAAUAAUGCUGCAUGAGAAGAAAAGGGUUAAGUACAAGUCAUAUAAGUGACUUCUGCAGUAAAAUUUACAGAGCAAACCACUCAUUUUAUUUUACAUCUUCCUAAUCAGAAAAGUUUAUUCAUUAUUUUGCCUAAUGUAAAAUGUAGUCAUUUUUACAAGUUAGCACAUAUUUCUGGUACAGUACUUGAGCCUCCAAGUACUUUAUUUCUUAUAUCCCUACCCUAUCUAUAAUAUUACCCAUUUAUACAGAAAUUGGAAAUAGUAGUAGAAAUACACAAAUAUAUAAAUAUUUUGAAGAGCAAAACAUUAAAGUUAUCAUUUUGAUAUGUUGCCUUCCACUGCUCAAAGCAUAGAUUGGGAAAAUCAGCUUGGACUCUUGAACCACCCCCAGUGAAAUGAAAGCAUUUUCUUUAUUGCCCCAGAAGGUGUGAGGACUGCAUUGUGAGUCUAGCAAAGGGCAUGUGGUUUGGGGAGCAAGAGUAGCUGUUUGCUGUAGGACAGCCUUCAGGCAGAACAGCAAGAAGCGAUUCUAUAAGUACAUAAACAGCAAAUGGUGGGCCUGCUGUCAAAUGGGGAGGGGAGGCUGGUGGCAAAUGUCAUGGAGAAGGGCUGAGGUACUUAGUGCCUUCUUUACAUCAGUCUCUACCAGUAAAACAAGCCUUGAGGAAUUCAAGGCCCCUGAAAUCAGAGGGGAGGUCUAGAACCUCGGUGGUGGAGGACCAGAUUAGGGUGCACUUAAACUUGAAGUCUGUGAGCCUGACAGAUUGCACCCCAAAGUGUUGAGGGAGCUAGCUGAUGCCAUUGCAAGACUACUCUUAAUUAUCUUGAAUGGUCCUGGAGACUGGGAGAUGUUCUGGUAGACUGUAAAAGAGCAAAUAUCCCUCGUACCUUCAAGAAAACCAAGAAAGAGGAUUUGGGGAGCUACAGCUUCACCUCAAUCCUUGGGAAGGUGAUGGAGAAAAUCCUCCUAGAAAGCAUUGCCACACACAUGAAAGAGAAGGUGAUCAGGAGUAGUUGGCGUACAUUUACAAAGGGGAAAUUGUGCUUGACCAACCUCAUUGCCUUCUAAGGUGAGAUAACUAGCUUUGUGGAUGACAGAAAAGUCCAUGUUGUUUACCUUGACUUUAGUAGACAGACUGAUAAAGUACAGGUUAAAUAAGUGGAAAGUGAGGUGGAUUAAAAACUUGCCAAAUGAGUGGGCAUAGGAAGGUAUGAUCAGUGGCACAGAGUCCAAUUGGAAGCAAGUCAGUGGUAUACCCUAUGGCUCAAUGCUGGGGCCAUAAUUAUUCAACAUCUUCGUUAAUGACCUGGGUUAUGGGAUGGAGUGCAUCCUCAGCAGGUUUACAAAUCAUAUAAAACUGGGAGGAGUAGCUGGUAACACCAGAUGAUGUACUGCCUUUCAAAGGGACCUCCGCAGGUUGGAGAACUGGACAGAGGAUUCUCACAAAGUUCCAACAAAGGGGAAUGCAAAGUCUUGCUCCCUGAGGAAUAACUCAAGGCACUAGUCCACCCUGGGAGCUGACUGGCUGGAAAGCAGCUUUGCACCCCCAACACCUUGGGGUCCUGAUGGACAAACUGACGGUGAGCCAGCAAUGCACCCUUGUGGCAACAAAGGCCAAAGCUUUGCUAGCAGGCUGAGAGGGAUGAUCCUUCUUCCCUACCCUCAGCACUGAUGAGGAUGCAUCUGAAGUACUGUGUCCAGUUCUAGGCUCCCCAGUGCAGGAAAGAUACAAAUUUGCUGGAGUGGGUCUAGCACAGGGCAGUGUAUGAGGGUCUGAGAGAGCUGGAGCUCUUCAGUCUGGGGAAGAAAAGGCUUAAGGUGGAAUCUUACCACUGCAUUAUCACCUGAUGGGAAUGAGUGAAGAUGGGAGAGCCAGCCUAUUCCCAGUGGCUCUCAGUGACAGGACUAAAAGGCAGUGGACACAAGUUAAAAGACAGGGAUUCCAUUUGAACAGAAGGAAACACCUUUUUAUUGUGAGGGUGGUCAGACUCUGGAACUGGUUGCUCAGAGAGGCUGAGGAGUCACUAUUCCUGGAGAUACUCAAAACCUGACUGGGCAUGGCCUCAGACAGCCUGCUCUAGCUGACUGUGUUUGAGCGGGGGUCUUGGACUACAUGAUCCCAAGAGGUUCCUUCCAACCUAAAUGAUUCUGUGAACUUGGACUUAGUACUUUUCACUAGGCGGUGGUAUGGGCCAUGUUCUGCAAAUGUGGCUUAGCCCAAAGAUGGGUGGUACUGAUGUGACAGCUUGAAUCCCUGGGGAGUAGGUAUAUGCUUGAGUGGAAAGAUGCACACUGAAAGCAUUUGGCUAGUACAAGUAUUUAUAGAUCAUGCUGAUCUCAAGUAUUCAUUUUCAAAGGCUGAACCAUACUCCCAUGAAGAAGAAGGAAAAGCCCAGGUCCCAGCUAAAGGAAAGUUUAAGACACAAAGUGGGAUGGGGGUUGUCCAUGAACUUUCAUAUGCUUGAGUUGAGUCUUUUUUGAAUACAAAUAUGACUUACUUGUCUUUGGAGUCACAAGGUGCAUAGCGAAAUGGAGAGCCCUCUGUAAUAGUCUAGUUUUAUAAUACAGUAAUAGGGCUGGUUCCCUUGAUUGUGGCAUGAUUUUGGUGAAAGAAAUGCCUUGUGGGCGUGCUUUAUUACUUGAGUUUAAAACCAUAUUACAGUGCUUUAACAACAAUUUCAAAGGGGUUUUUUGGUUUGGGGUUGUUUUUUUUCUUCAUAAGAAAAUACAUAAGAUUUGCUGCCAGCUUUUUGCCUGUGGAAAUUUAGUAGUUACCUGCUCUGUUAGGUAACUUAAAUAGCAGUGUUAUCUUCAUAUAUGUGAUUUUCUGCAGGAAAGUAAAUCAUACAGAAGUUGGGAUUUAAUUUACAAUAACUUUGUAAUGAGCACAAGAAUCCCAUUUUCUGUUACUCAAAGGAAUAGAACUUUUAGGAGAUACUGUUCGAGUCAAUUUUUCAACUGCAUAUCUCUUCAUACAGUGUCAGUUGUAGUCCUAAACCUACAAGGAGCUUAACAAUUGCUGGAGCAGUAUCACAAAGGGAUAAAAUUUGCUGCUUAGUGCUUAUGCAUAUUGUUAACACUAUAUAUUAUUGUUUGUUCAAAAAAUUCCCAUUUCAAUAUGUUCCGCGUUGCAUUUCUUAUGUGGUUUUUAAGUAAAAAGUGUAAAGUUGGUUUUUAACUUUCGCUUAUCUCUUGUUAUGAUGGCAGAUGCUAUAAGCUACAUGACUUCAAAAGCAUAUCAUCCUAAAAUACCUGUUUGUCAGUUUAAAAGUUAAUGGAUUGAGCAUUUUGUAAUCCAGGAUCUUGUAACCAUAGUUCAACUUGUUUAAAAAAAAAAAAAAACACCAAAAAAACCCAGCAACUAGAACUAUUUUUUUGUAACCAUAUUCAGGUAAGAGGAGUAGUGUUAAAUUGAGGAAUUGCAGUAUAUUGUGUAUUUAGAGGUGUAUAUAUAUAUAUGUAUAGCAAACUAAACUUUUCCAACUGUUUUCAUGCUUAAAAUACAGAACUUUAGGACUGGUA